UUCUUCUAAUCACACACACACCCACCCACACACACCCACACACACACACACACACACACACACACACACACACACACACACACACACACACACACACACACACACCAGUCUGAGGAGCGGAGCGUGUCAUCGUUCUGCAGAGAUUCACAGCAUCAAUUUAAUGAAGACUCACUAGCUGUGUUUUGUAAGGUGACCCUUCACAACAAGUAUGGGGUCACCAUGGAAACCACUUCUGCUGCUGUCAACCAUCACCUGCCUGACAGACUUUGCCAGAUCGGGGGCAGGCAGGCCCGCUUCAUAUGCGGCCGUGUUGAGGAUGAAGUCGGAUAGCUCCUCUUCCACACUUCUGAACCCCAGGACAAGGCAGAGGCAGGACCGUGGGUUUUUUGCCCAUGAAUGGACUCCAUUCUCAAGACAGAGUCUUUCAGCCGUCAGCUUUCAGGAGGAUGAUCACAGUGAAGAAAGUGAAGAAUUCGGCCCUGUGUUCAUCCAGGAGCCAGACCAUGCCAUCUUCUCUAUGGACUCGGAUGAGAAAGUUUUAAUGAACUGUGAAGCGAGAGGAAAUCCUGCUCCUACAUACAGAUGGCUGAUUAAUGGAACAGAUGUUGACACUAAGGCAGACUCACGUUACCGUAAAAUUGAUGGGAACUUGAUAAUAAUAAAUGCCAGCGAAGCCGCCGACUUCGGGAAGUACCAGUGCAGAGCUGAGAACAGCAUCGGCACUGUCCUGAGCCGCGAAGCCUUCCUGCAGUUCGCCUAUCUCAGUGAUUUCAUCGGGCGAGCGAGAGGAGCCGUGUCCGUCAGAGAAGGUCAGGGGGUAGUGCUGAUGUGUAUGCCCCCUCCCCAUUCACCCGAGAUCAUCUACAGCUGGGUGUUCAAUGAGUUUCCAUCGUUUGUGGCUGAAGACAGUCGACGCUUUGUCUCGCAGCAGACAGGGAAUCUGUACAUCUCCAAGGUGCAGCCCUCGGACGUAGGGAGCUACAUCUGCCUGGUGAAGAACACAGUGACCAACGCCCGAGUCCUGAGUCCUCCUACACCACUGACACUUAGAACAGAUGGUGUAAUGGGGGAAUAUGAGCCCAAAAUUGAGGUGCACUUUCUACCUACAGUUCUGACGGCUAAAGGAGCGACUGUGCGACUCGAGUGUUUCGCUCUUGGAAACCCUGUUCCCACCAUCACGUGGAGGAAGAUCAAUGGGAACAUUCCAAAAAAAGCUCGACUCCGCAAGUCUCAGGCCGUGCUGGAGAUCCCCAACAUCCAGCUGGACGACGCAGGGAGCUACGAGUGUAAAGCCGACAAUUCCAGAGGAGGAACGUCCUUCAGGGGACACGUCCAGGUGUACAUGCCACCACAGUGGAUCAGUCUGAUAAACGACUCCCAGUUGGACAGCGGUGAUCAGUUACACUGGGAGUGCAGAGCCACCGGAAAGCCCCGCCCCUCUUACCACUGGUUACGCAACGGAGAACCGCUGAACACACAGAGUCAAGUGCAGACCCUGAAUGGAGAACUGAUCAUACAGAAGGUUCAGCCAGGAGACUCGGGGAUGUAUCAGUGUGUCGCUGAGAACAAAUACGGAACCAUUUACUCCAACGCUGAGCUGAAGAUUCUCGCCUCAGCGCCUGUGUUCAGCUCUAACACAGCGACCAUCAUUGCCACCGUGGGUAAAGACAUUUCUCUGGAGUGUAGACCUCGAGCUUCACCCAAACCCAGAAUCACUUGGAGGAAAGGAGACAGAAAACUCCAGAGCAGCCGGAGAAUUGUGGUUCUGCGUAACAGCACAUUGCAGAUCAUCAACGCGAGCCGUGUGGAUGAGGGCAGCUACGUGUGUCGCGCUGAGAAUCAGUUUGGAUUGGCCGAGAUGACGAGCUCACUGCUGGUGAAAGAGGCCAUGAGGGUGGAUCUGAGCCCGAAGCGUGUUGAGGUGACGGUGGGGGAAAGCGUGGUGCUCAGCUGUAAAACAACACAUGACCCAUCGCUGGACAUCUCUUUCUUCUGGCAGCUCAACAACCAACCGCUCGAAGCUCAGCAGGACGACGGCCAUUUUGAGUACAUCAGAACACAGUCUUCCACGAUGGAUCUGAUGAUCAGAAACAUCCUCCUGAAGCAUGCUGGGAAGUACGGCUGCCGGGUUCAGACGAGUGCUGACACGGUCCUAUCUGAAGCCGAGCUGCUCGUCAGAGGCCCCCCAGGACCUCCUGGAGUGGUGAUCGUGGAGGAGAUCACAGACACAACAGCGACAUUGUCCUGGAGUCACGGUGUAGACAAUCACAGUCCCAUCAGCACCUACAACCUGCAGGCACGCAGCCCUUUCUCCCUUGGCUGGCAGACAGUCAAGACAGAUCCAGAGCCAGUGAGUGGAGAUAUGGAGUCUGCCAUGGCAGUGGAACUCAACCCCUGGGUGGAGUACGAGUUCCGGGUGGUGGCCACCAACACCAUCGGUACAGGGGAACCGAGCGCUCCAUCUCGGCCCGUCAGAACCAGAGAAGCAGUUCCAUCAGUUGCUCCAGCUAAUGUGAGUGGAGGGAACGGCCGCCGGCACGAACUGGUCAUAUCCUGGGAGCCGGUUUCUGAAGAGUUCCAGAAUGGAGAUGGCUUUGGGUAUAUCGUGGCGUUUCGUGCAAAUGGGACACGAGCGUGGAAGGAAAAGAUGGUGACAUCAGCAGACUCCACCACGUAUAAAUACAGGGACGAGACGUUUCCUCCUCUCACUCCGUUUGAGGUGAAGGUGGGCGUGUACAACAAUAAAGGAGACGGCCCCUUCAGUAAAGUGGUCACCGUGUUCUCCGCAGAAGGAGAGCCACGUGAAGCACCAUCUGAUGUGAAAACUUCUGCCAUGUCCUCCUCUGAGGUCAAGGUCAUGUGGAAAGCACCCAACCCUGGACCAGGAAGACCCCAGGGAUACGAGUUGACCUACUGGAGAGAGUCAGAGCAGGAGGAGGCAGGGAAGAAGAAGAGGACGGUGGGAAAUGAGACGGUCAUGUUGAUCUCAGGCCUAGAGGGGAACACACAGUACCACAUCACGGUCAAGGGCUUCAACAGCAUUGGGCAGGGACCAGCGAGCGCCUCCAUCCGGAUCAGCACCAAGAAAAACCCUCCCAGUCGUCCACCAGCCAAUGUGAUGUGGAUUCAGGAGGGAAAUAAUGUCUCCUUGUCCUGGGAACCAGUGAAGGCUCUGAACAACGAGUCAGACGUCAUCGGAUAUAGGGUGUUAUUGCGUCAGGAGGGACGAGGUCACAGCCAGGUCAUGAGGACCCCGAACACGGCCGCCGUGCUCACGCUACCAGAAGGAGGAACUUACAUUAUUGAAGUGUGUGCCAUUAGUGAAGGAGGCGAGGGAGCAGCUAGCUCUCAAAUCAGAGUGCUCACUUCCUCAGGUGUGAGGGCGAAAAGUCAGCAGUGUUCUGUGCAUAAUCUGCCGUCAGGCUUCGCAUGGACUCUCCUUCUCCAGAUCGUAAUGAUGGUGCCUUCUGCCCCAUGGUGAAGCAUCUUCACCAUGUAACUCUGCCCCCACCCCCAUGGAGGUAAUGGACUCGCCCUACAACACACAGACUGCUGUGUUGGCCAGAACCAUCUCCAGGACUUGGGUGUUGGACAAGUGCAAGUGCUUCUUUAUUCAACCAGGAUUCCAUCCUUUUUUUUUUGCUAGUGACUUUUCUUGCAGUUUUUCUUCUCAUUAUAAGUGUAUCAUCAUGCAUUGUGCAUAGAGCGUCCUAAUAUUACACAAACCACUGAUCUCCUGUCAAAUCCAGCCUUCACUGAGCACCGGGAACACUGAGGACUGAGACUUCAUCUGACACGUCUCCAUCCCUUUAACCUGUGGCUGCCUAAAUAAGUGAAGCCAUUAAAGCUCAGCUUAGAGAA